AUGAACGGUGACAUUAGUCGAAUCCCAAUCCAAUCAUUGGGAGCUGUCUUUAGUUUAACGGAUAUUCUUCCAGAACUUCCAUUGCCAUCAGCGUUCCCACUUGGAUCUGGCAGUGAUAGUUUUCUCUCGGAUCCAGCAAUAUCGAACGAUGCCAUGCGGUGUCUGUGCUCAAAGGAUGAAACGCUGAUUGCUUGCAUCACUGAAACGUUGUCAAAAGUGUCAACGGACAACAUCGAUCUCGAUGAGCAACAAAACACGGAGUCUUUCGAAAAUGCGGCACCACCACCACUUCUUAUUUCUGUACUCCAACGGAAUGCAUCAGUGUUUCAAUCAAACCCCCCACUGAACAAGCCGAACUCCCUUGAUUUUAAAUGGGACAGUCAACAAAACCCUACUGACUCCGAUGUUCGUCAAGCUUCUUACGACGAAGCUGGUGGAUCUCCAACCAGACGGAAGCACAAGCGUAAGAAGCGAAAGAAGCGGAAAACGGAAGCUUCAAGUGGGGGAGAAUCAAAUGCUGCCACUCCUAGCGGUUCAACAGGCGACGGUCUCCCUGCAGCUGCUGACGAUACUCGAAUUCCAACACCCUACGGCGUCAGUGUUGACGUUAAACCCGACGAGAAGAAGAUCUUGCUUAAAUUCUCGCUUAAACGGCCAACAAUCAGUGACACCGCGACCUCACCGGACACCGGUCACAAGGAGAGGAAAGAAAAGAAGCACAAAAAACCGAAAGACCGCGACAGAAAACGGCACCAUAGUCGCGAAAAAAGUUAUUUAAUGCAGGAGGAUGGUUCUACAAAAGUCCAGGCAUUACCCUCAAGCAAUGGGGUUCCAAUGACUGCUAAACCAGUCCUCGUUCCCUCUCCCAACCCUGCCCUUAGCGAUCAGCUCAAUCGGAAACUCCCGCCGCCUACUUUGCACUCCCCUCAUAGUAUACUUGACCGAAUUUCUGUGUUAGGAGAUGUCAAAUCUCCCCACUCUUUUGACCUUCAGGGCGUCUUUGACCAUGAGAAACCCGAUUUUACUGCCUUUUCGGAGAAUUUUUUGAAGGAUUUACCCUCCUCUGUAAUCUCUCACUCAAUUUCGACCAGCCAUCCACUUAACUCCUCAUCGCAGAAUUACAAUGAUUUUCUACCGGCUGAUUUGUUGUCCAAUCUCUCUCCCACCGCGCCCCACCACACUUCCAUGCAGGGAGCUGAUGAUGGCGGUGUGUACCGCGGCUCUUUUAUGAUUGCCUCGCAUUUGGAAUAUGAUGCAAAACCACCGGCAAACUUUUUGGAGCACAUAUCUGACCUUCACAAUGCCUCGCUCAGCAUGUCGACCCCACAGAAAAUGUCAGAAUCCAACGCUUCUCAGGCCACGCCUUUGGGGUUAGCGAGUUAUCUCAAUUCUUCCAAACCUCUACCCACGCCAAUCGCCAAAUCUGCCCCUGCCAAGCCUUCUGCCAGACGCAGGGCCCAAGUUAGUAAACGACGGAGGUGCAACGAAGUGGAGGGCCUACGGACCUGGACGGUGAAGUACCCAGGACAAAAAAAUUCGGAUCGCCUUUCAGACGAGUCCUCGGCUUGGGACGCUGCAGUCGACCGACACACGAACUACUUGCGCAACAAACGUCGACGCAUGACGCGUCAGCCCACUGCUCUUGCGGCUGACUACGUUCUGGAAAAUGACAAGGACUACCCCAAACCCCUUCCACGUCACGACAGCGAUGGUGAUCUGGAGACUUCUGGCGAGGGUGUUGCGGGAGGUGAAGAGCCGUCCUCGGACAACGAGACAGCUUGCCUGCGCUCCUCGUCUCGCCUUGGUCCCGGAGCCAGUGGAACAGUAGCCGGAACCGGCGGUCGUUGCUCCUACGCCGGCAUGGACGAUGAUGUCGAGGACGUCGCGGACGACGACUGCUACAAAGACGCGGGUGGGUCUCGCAGGCGACGGAAAGCCGAUGAAGAUGACGCUCCGUUUGAGUUUCGUCUGAAGGAGCCGGCGGAGCAGCGCUUUCCUCACUUGCAAAAGGUCGCCGCUGAACAAUCUAGGCCGGUGCGCGAGCGUGUUCGCCACAGGCUUCCAACCACCUUCUCCGACGUCUCUGGCGCCUCGGACGCGGCGCUUGUAAGCAGCUUGAAGAAAUUCCUCGGCCACAUUGACCGCGUCCUCGAGGCCGUGGAAGAAGUGGACCUCCUCGCGAGUGGCGGCGGCGGCGCUGGCGACGAUUGCGCCCCCUCCGAGGCCAUCAUCUCGCCCUCCGACCUCGCGGAGCUGUGCCGUGAUGCGGCAAAGUUGAAGAGCACCCAGAUCGCCAACCAAGUGCCCACCGACCGUCUUGUCAAACUCCUUACCCUCCUCCUUCUCAAUAUCCGCGACGGAGCGAGUGUUGUGCGAGUCGCAGGGGACCACGAGAGUCUGGAGAGGAUUACUAGGGCUGUGAGCGCAAGUCUGAUAGCCGUCAACCUGAUGACGGCCAAGGACAUGCCGCGAGAGAUCUACUUGGAAGAUGUCAUUGAGCAGGCUGUCCAGGUGACGCGUUUUCAACUCUCCAACUGCAUCUACCCGGAGUACGAUCCGGCUUAUAGAAUCGAAAAUUCUGCGAAAGACAACCAAAGCAGCAUCAAGUCGCGACGCGCUCGCGAACGCGACACCCACAAGCCCUCGUCGAUAGUGCACCUCUACUACCGCCUCGUAGAGAUUGUCUCCGGUCUGGCGGAACUCGUCAACAUCCAGCGACUCACUGACAGCCUUGUGCUCACCCUCUGCUCCGUCGGCGUGUCCAUCUUCUUCGUAGAGAACGUCAGCGAGCUGCAGUUGGCGGCGCUCAAACUCGUCACGGGCAUCUUCGCGCAGUACCCAACAUAUCGCAAUCUCAUUGUCGAGGACAUCAUCACUAGCAUCGCCCGUCUGCCGUCGAGCAAGCGGAACCUUCGUACGUACAGACUCAACUCCGAGGAGAGCAUCCAGAUGUUCACGGCGCUGGCGCUGCUUCUGGUGCAGUCAGUGAUCGAACUGCCCCCCACCGGCGCCAACGUCCACCACCAACGGACGCUUGGUGGUGGCGACUUGAAGACGGAGGGAGACGAGACCGCGUCAGGCCAGGACGCUGCGGUCGCCAGCAGACCCGACAACGAGGUUCUCGUCACGAGUUCCUACAAGAAAGCCCUCAUCACCGCGCACACCUUCCUGUCAGUUUUCCUCCGAAAAUCGACGACCAGGGGUGAGGACGACUACCGCAUCAUCUUCGAGAACUUCGUCAACGACCUCCUCCUCACCGUGAACAAGCCCGAGUGGCCGGCGGCCGAGGUGAUGCUCAGUCUCUUGGGGAGUCUGCUGGUGCAGCAGUUCAACAACAAGUCGCUCGACCAGUCGGUGCGCGUCACCAGUGUCGACUACCUCGGCACCGUGGCCUCCACGCUGCGUCGAGACGCCGUCACUAGUCAACUCAAGGAGCACGAUAUCGACGCCAUCCUCCGCGAGCUCACUGAAGGCAACCAGUCGGACAGCGAGGAUGACUUGGACGAGGAUGAGGUGGAGAAUGAGGAGGAGCAGGCCUCGACUGCACCAAAUUCGGUGAGAAGGGAAGAGGAGGCGGAGGCGGAGGGAGCCGGUGGUAGUGUGGAGAGAAACGGACUUAAUGUGGAAGAGGAGGCGGUGGAGAGGAAGAAGAAGAAAACGAAGACGAGCAAAGUCAACUUACGCCAAAUGGACAAAAUCCUCGUCCUGCGCGACGCCGUGCUCGACUACCUCCUCGAGGACGAGUCAGAUCCCGUCGUGGUGUACGCCUGCAAGUUCUACAUGGGCCAGUGGCUGGAGGACUGCGCGACAGAAGUGGACCGGGCGCACAAAGCCGCUUCGGACAACCCCGCACAACCGGCGUCCGAGAGUGCCGCCCGCAAGAAGCCUGGUAGUCGUCGUGGCAACGGCGUCGUCGGCGGCAGCGGUCGAAAACGCCGAUGCCUCCUGGCCUCGGACGACGAGGCGGAGGAGGGCGAGGGCGUAGCGCUGACUGACGUCGAACUAGCUGAACUGCGUCGCACCUACCUCAUGGAUCGCCUCCGCGACCCCCCCUCCCUCUGGCGAGCUCGAUGUCGACCCAAAGUCGCCGGCAUGAUGUUCCUGUCUUCGGCGGCCACGGCGGCGUCCACGAAGGUGUCGCGGCAGUCGCAGGCCCUGCGUGUCACCUUCAAGGGCACCAUCGACUACGAGGACGCCUACCUCAUCUGCCGGUACCUGGCUAGUCUGCGUCCCUUCUCACAGAGCUUCGACGUCUACUUGUCGCAGAUCUGCAAGCUCCUCAGCGAGUCGUCGGUGGCGGUGCGCACUAAGGCGCUGCGCUGCCUGUCCGCGGUUGUCGAGGCCGAUCCCGGCGUUCUGGCCCGCUCGGACAUCGAGAUGGCCGUCCGCUCGCGUCUCAUGGACACCUCCACGUCGGUGCGCGAGGCGGCUGUCGACUUGCUCGGACGCUUCCUCGUCUGCCGACCCGAACUCACCGCCCAGUACUACCCCAUGCUGUCCGACCGCAUACGCGACAAGGGUGUCUCCGUGCGCAAGCGGGUCAUUCGCAUCCUGCGGGACAUUUGUGUCGAACAGCCGGACUUUCCGCGGAUCGCCGAGAUCUGCGUCAAGAUCAUCCGUCGUGUGAAUGACGAGGAGAGUGUCAAGAAACUCGUGAGUGAAGUCUUCCAGACGCUGUGGUUUACGCCCGUGCGUGAGAAGGAGUCAGUGAAGCUCUUGCACAAAGUCAUGAACAUCACAGAUGUGGUUGUUUCCGCCUCCAAAGACACGGGAAUCGAGUGGCUAGAGCAGUUUCUUGAGGCCCUUUUGACGAAGGAGGAGAGUGAAAAGGUUCGGCCAGCCGAGAAGGCCUGCGUGCAGAUCGUGGAGUGUCUGGUGCAGAAUAUAAUGCGACUGGAGGAGAUUCCAGGCCAGACGAAACGCCUAGUCGCGUGCCUCGCCACUCUGCACCUCUUCACUAAGAUCCGUCCGCAGUUGACCGUGAAGCACGCCAUGCUGUUGCAGCCCUACCUCUCGGCCCGCGUCUCUCCCUCCGGCACACCCAGCUCCGCCCACCUCGACUCCCUCACGCUUCACUACGUCGCUCGAAUCCUCGAGGUGACGAUCCCUCUGGUUGAGCACCCAUCGGAGACGUUUCUGGCCCAGCUGGAGGAGGACCUUGUGCGUCUGACGCUUCGCCAGGGCAAGAUGGUGCUCGAGUCGUGCGUCGCCUGUCUCGGCGCUGUGGUCAACCGGGUGUCGAAGAACUACGCCCUCGCUAGAGAGUGUUUCCAGGGCUUCUUCAACGCCCUGGUCAAGGUCCGCGACGAGUGCGCGGCUUCGUCGGGGCGCGAGUCAAUGCCGAAGCUGCCACAGAAGCUUCGGCCGUCCAUUUUGCGCGCGCUGUUCACGGUGGGCCUGUUGUGCAAACACUUCGACACCAGGGUCUUUUCCCUUGGAGCCGAGCCCAAGAUCUUGAACCAAGUGUUCGAGACCCUGAUGUUCUUCUCGGAGAAGAUGACCUCUGAUCUGGAGGUGCGCAAGAACGCUCUCGCUGGGCUGGGCUUCCUGUGCACUCGGCACUACGAGCUGCUCUGCGGCACGCGCUUGUGCAAGUUCUACCACGACCUCCUUCAGUGCCCUGCAGACCACGACUCGGAGAGGCAGAACGACAUGGAGCUGAAGAGUCUCAUUCUUGAGAACCUCUUGAGCUUCUUCUUGGAGGAGGAGCGUCGAAUGCUCGAGCAGGACGCUAAAUGGAAAGCCACACACAAGGAGGAGUCGCUGAAGGUCAUGGGUGACGUUGCCUCAGGCAUCGGUAGCCACGUGGCCCAGUCGUACCUCAAGGAGAUCCUGGAGACGUUCUUCGUGCCGUCUUCGCAAGUCCGGUUCACCGCCCUCUCCGUUGUCACGACGAUCCUGCGCCAGGGCCUCAUGCACCCUGUCCAGACGGUGCCUUACCUCAUCGCCAUGCAGACCGACCCGGACGUGUCGACGCGCGUCAAAGCGGAGGCGCAGCUGCAAGAAAUUGAAAACAAGUUCCCCGGUUUCAUCUAUAUGCGUGCAAUCGAGGGUGUCUGCUUCGCCUACCGCCUGCAAUGCGUCCUCCAUGCGGCGUCGAAAGUCCACCUCGAGGGGAAGGAGUCUAACGCGUACAGCGCCUCGUCCGACACCAACACCGCUGUCACAACGCCCAGAUCUCAGGCGACACCGCAGAAACCGCGGCGAUGUCCACGCACCGCGGACACCGACAGCGGCAUCGACGGCGGAGCGGCGUCGUCGAGCUCCGAUGCCCUCGGCGUCGCCGACGCCAUUCGCGGCGCCAGAGACGUCGACUCGGACGUGCCCAACGCCCUCAACUCCCAGCUCUACUCGAUGCUGCGCACCAACCGGACCUUUAGACGUGCCUUCCUCAACGGCCUGAUUAACCUCUUCGACGAAUUACAGGCAAGCUGGCCCCCUAACAUCUCUCUGGGCAGGCUAGUCUACGUGGCCGAUAAUCUCGCGUUCUUCCCCUACCAAUGCCAGGCAGAGCCCCUGUUCGUCAUUCACCACAUUGACCUCCUUGUCAGCGUGAACGGGUCCACGCGUCUCCAGGCCGUGCGAGAAGCUCUCUUUCCUGAGCUGAAGGAUGCUCUAGCACCUCCGCCGCCGCCACCACCACCACAACCGACGACGGUUAACAAUGGCUUCGUCGACGUCGCCGCCUGGAUGCCAUUGCCAGCGCACGGCGACGACCGACUGGCGUUCUCCACGGACUUCGGCUUCAGGUCUCCUUCCACUGCCGAGAUGUCCGAAACACCAGUCCAACACCACGCCCACCACCACCACCAGCACGCCGUGGUGAGUUCGUCGGAACCUGGUCCGACCGUGAAUCCCGCACUGGCUCGCCUGGAAGCUGAGGAGGAGAACGAGGAUGCCAUGGUGGCUCGUGUGCUCGCCGCCGACCCAGCCGGAUUAGCUUCCAUCCAGGAAACCAUCAAGGCCAGCCGCGCUUGCCUCCUCCUCCUCAACCUCAAACAGUACCUCAAGGAGGUCUACGGCAUCACGGAUAGCAAAAUACAGAAGUACUCGCCCUCGGAUUCUGGCAAGCUGUGGGAGAAGCAGCUGACUCGCAAGAGCGGCGUGCGUUUCUUCCCCACUCUUUGUCUACGCUCGGCGAUCGAGGAAAUUGCAACUGGCGGCGGCGACCUGGGUGCCUCAACCUCCAACACCGCCAACCAAAGUACCAUCACAGAGGAGGCCGCCCGUGAUCUCGUCUUGGAGUUCGUUGAGUUCCGCAAACUCAUCCUCUCCAUCGAUCCGCCCGAGGACGAUGACGUCGACAUCUCGUUGAACGCUGCUGCCACCGUCGAGGGUCUCGUCGGUGACGACAAACACGCCACCCUUCAAAUCGAUGAUAUUCCCAUCCGACUUGCACCUGGUCGAUCUCUCGUCCCUCAGUCGCACGCUCGGUCGUCCGACGAAGAAGACGAUUCCGCCGAUUCGGACGCCGGUGGUGCUUCGCGUCUCCUUCUAGCCCAGUCGGCGCCACAACGACGAAGAGGCGCGGUUACCGGGGUAGGAGGCAGCGGCGGCGGCGGUGGAGUCGGCGUUCCCUCCGGUCGAAGUUCCCGUGGUUCCCGAUCUGGCGUGGGCACCGCCACGAAACGCAGAAAACCCAAGCAAUCUCGAGUGCGUUCCGUCUACAUCUCCAGUAGCGAAUCGGAGUCGGAUGCGGAGACAAUUUCGUCAGAGGAAGAGUCUAGCUAG